CAUGCUAGUUAAUAGUGUAUUUCUGAACGCAGUUUUUAGGAGCAUUACAAGAACUGUGUGAAGCAUGAAAUAGAAAUAUAUGAUUUAAACGCAAAUUUCUUUAAUUAACACGCAUACAAUCCGAGAUUUAAAAAUCAUUUAAACUGCUUGAAUUACUUAAAAUGCGAGGUAAAUAAGGAGGUUUAUAGUAAAGGAUGGCAAAUACAACAGAACAAGAAUCUCAUGCAGAAUUACUGCAAUGUGGCAUCAAAUUUCAUAAGUUUGUUGCCAAAGUCGGUGAUGUUACUAUUAAUUGUGAAAUCAUGAAGAUGAAAGAUUCCUUGUAUCUGUGGAUAGGAGAUUGUAAUAAUCCCACCAUGGAAGAUCUGUCCUUCUCUUUUAUAUCAAACUUUGAAAAACAGCCUAUUGCAACGAAAAUUAUGGGUGCUGUAGCAGAUGCUACAUCUACAAACAUAGCUAAGAGAUUGAGCAUAAAGCUUGGAAAGCCAGUGUAUGUUAGUUUUAAUGUAACAGCAGACAAUAUGUUAUUGCUAGGGAUUGAAAGGAGAAUACAAGAAGAAUUCAAGAUAUGUAAUGAUUUAUCAGACUUUGAGCAUUAGCAGAUAAUUCUUCGGGAUAUUUAUUUAAAGAACUUUUUAUAAAUAAUGAAUACUUUCUAUUGUCUAUAAUAACAAAAAAUAAAUAAAAAGUACAUAUA